AUGUUGUGGCAACUAGCAGUUGCUGCCUUAGUGGUAUCUGUGUGUGGCCAUGCCAGGGUCUGGUCACCACCAGGACGAGCCACGGCUUGGCGGUUGGGUUUCAAAACACCGCCUGAUUAUGACGAUACAGGCCUCAAUUGCGGUGGUUUUGCCCGACAACAUAAUAAGAACAAGGGAAGAUGCGGUAUCUGUGGUGACGCAUAUGACCUACCCUCACCGCGACCACACGAACUCGGCGGGAAAUUUGGACCAGGCACCAUCGUUGCUAACUUCACAUCAAAACAGAUUAUCAAUGUUGCCAUCGAAAUAACAGCUUUUCACCAGGGUUAUUGGUACCUUAAUCUGUGCCCAGACGCCGAAAGCCAAGAGUGCUUUGACAGAUACCCGCUCGAGUUGAAAAAUGGCGGGUUUUACUUCUUUCCACACCGAGAUGGAAAUUAUACGGUGCAGUACCGUUUGCCUAAAAUAUCUUGCGACCAUUGUGUCCUACAAUGGAGGUAUGUAGCUGGGAAUAAUUGGGGGCAUUGUAGCGAUGGCACAGAGGGCAUGGGGUGUGGGACACAGGAGACGUUUGGGUCGUGUUCGGAUAUUAGAAUAACGCCAGAACAGAAAAAGUUUAAGUUUCCUAGAAAAUCUUUUGGUGUGUUUACUACCAAACGGCAUCACUACAACUAA